AUGAGUUUAUUCGUAUUAGGAUCGACUGGACUAGUCGGUGGGUUUGUUGUUCAAAAUGCACUCAAAUCAAAAGACUGGAGCAAAGUUAUCACCCUUUCUAGACGCAAACCACAAUUUGCCACCACUACUCCCGAAGCAGAAUCUCGCUUGGAUGCUUUAGUUGAAACCGAUUCAUCAAAAUGGGGUAGUAUCAUCAAGGAUAUCAAUCCAUCUCCUUAUGCUUACAUUUCAUCAUUUGGUACAACAAGAGCAGCAGCCGGUUCAGCUGAGAAAUUUAAAGCUAUUGAUUAUGGAAUCAAUUAUGAAGCAGCAAAACUGGCCAAGGACAACGGAGUCAAAACAUUGGUGUUGGUUUCGGCAAUUGGUGCUAAUGCCAAUUCUCCGUUUCUUUAUUUCAAAACUAAAGGUCAAUUAGAAGAUGAUAUAAUUGCAUUGGGUUUCGAUCACACAAUUAUUUUGAGACCUGGUCAAUUGAAUGGAGAAAGAGAGGGGAAAGAGAGGAAUAGUGAGUGGCCCCAGAAAAUUGCCAAUUUUAUUCAAAGUAUACCUGGUGUUGCAUCGGUUCUUAUGUCGAUUGAAGCUAGUGAUGUUGGUAAGAUUGCUGUUGAUUUUGCUGAGCGAGCACAAAGGGGGGAGGUGAGUGAAAAAGUCAAGAUUGUUGGUGGCGGAGAAUUGAGAGCAUUAGCUGAGAAGUUGAAGCAACAACAAAAGUGA